AUGUCCAGACAUGGGCCAGUACCGGUGGCAGCUUUCGAAAGCGGGCCCAUUCCCUUCUGGUCUGAGGCGUUCCUCAUGGUCGACUGCCCCUACCUCCACUUGAUUGAGCCUGGGUGGCCGCCGUUGACCAAGUUGACCCAGUCCCCUUCAGAUUCUAGUCUCUUCAACUUCGCCGUCGAGAAUAUCGCUCUCUGCCCAAAGUGCGGUUCGCGAAUCCAUACCGUCCGCAGGCUACCACUAUCACUCGAUUCGAGGAGCGGGCAACCGACCCCCCCAGAACUUCCUCAUCCUCACAUUCCCGAGCUCCCUGCCGAAGUCCCAUUCGGUACUCACUCGAGGCUUUCUCCCUCGCGCUCUUCUCCAGGCGCCAAAACGGCCAGACUAUCCCCCGGCUCGUUUGACCUGAGAUCCGAGUCUGAGCCGCCGAUACCACCUCAUACCUCGAGACAGGUUCUGACGCCACAACCAGAAUCCUCGCUGCCUAUUCCCGUCGACCCGACCAUAGCAAACUACGCGCCGUGUUAUGUCCGUCGACCCGACAAUGAUGUGCCUCUCUCAUCCGACCGCGAUUUCAACAGUUCUGCUGUACAGGUCUCGCCAAGAUCGCAUCGAUGGUCGUUUCUUACACGAUUCAAAAGACCGAAGCCUGACGCCGCGUCGUCAAUCCUCUCGAUGGGCAACAGCGGUGAUAUCAGAUAUCUUUCCUUUUGCUUCUCCUCCGACGGGGUAUCUAUCCUCCUCUGGGAAAAAAACAGCCUCGUCAUAGCUCGUCUCAAUGCCCAAGGCGACAGCGGAAGGCUCAUUGACCUCAUCCCCAUUCUCCGCCAGGGAGAAGGCGGACAAGCAAUCCCCGGAAGCACGCUCUUUGUGGCCGAGGGUUGCGGAAUGAUAGCUGCCAUCGUAUCGCAGGGCGCCACGGGCAAGUUUCUAGUCGUAUUGGACCAUUUAGGGCUGGCUGAGAGAUCGGCAGUGCUGCCACUUCAGGACAUGACGCCGCUGUGCUUGGCAAUUUCUCGUUGCAACUCGUUUGUUGCUGUUGGCCUCGCAGCACGGGUUCUGCUUGUUCGCCUGACGGAGCACAAGGUGGACUUCGACUGGGCCGUCACCAUCUCGAUUCGCGGACCCAGCUCUUUUGAUGGCAUGACUGUUGCGUCGGAAACCUGUAAUUUCACGGCCGAUGGGAGAUAUCUUAUAGUUGCGACUCAAAUGAGGGACAAGCAUCAGUCGAGCGAGGAUGGCAGUAUUCACACGGCCCUUUGGACUUGCGAAAGAGAGGCGAAGGGUCCGUUCCGGCUACCCUGUUGCAAAAUGCCAAACGAUGACCAAGGUCUCACCUCAAUCCAAUUCCACCACGGCCUCCAAGUCGCCGCGAUAACGGGCCUAAGAUCGGCGCGAUACCCCCUGUUCCUCUCCCUCGACCCCCAGCAACCCGUCACCAUACCGGCCCAAGUCACAGAUUUCCGGAUACGGUGUUCAUGCAUGGCCCCUCCCCCGCAAGAUCACCUCAUGUACUUCCUCGACGCUAGCAACCGCGUUUGCGAAGCAGACCUGCACCAUCGUCAUGUCGAACUCGUUGCGGAUAUCACCACGUACAGAGGAUCCUUGCGUUCGCACGAUGAGCCGGCCGCUAUAGCAGUUGGGCCGGGCGGCAUUGUGGAGGUGUUUUGGCGCCAGGGGCCGGGGUUGUGGAGAUUGCAAUUCAGGCCUGGCGAGGAGGCUAUUUUAAUAGAUAAUUUAAGGAGGCGCUGGGAUGAGACGAUUUAA